AUGGCCGGGCAGCUCAGAGAGAACCGCAUCGCCCGAGGCAACACGCCGUCCGGGGCGCUCGACCAUGUCCUCCAUCCAGACACGCCCCAGAGCGAGCUCGACUCGAAGCUGUGGAUCGUCGACCGCAUCCUCGAGCCCCAGACGCUCCCGCACUUUCUCGAGUCCACCAUGUUCGGCACCUUGUCCGACGGGAGCCCGUCCUCGUUUACGCCGCUGUCGGAGGAGAUUGUGAUGCUGAUACAACAGCCGCUGGCGUCGUGGGCGCCGCCCCCGUUCGACGCCCGCCACGAGAUUCCCAUGCAGCAGAUUGCGAUACGUAUCGGCUCCCAUGAGGACGCGGACCGGCUGAUACCCAUCUCGAAGGAGCUUCACGCGAUGAAGUCGAGGCUGUGGGAGGGCGUCAUGCCGCUCUCUGAGAGGCGGUGGGAGGAGCUCGGGCUUGAUUCCGCGGACAAUUUUCACGAGGCUUGCCAGUACAUUUGUGCCGUGACCAAUGUGUUUCACUAUCUGAAUCUGCCGCCGGUCAAGAUUGCGCUUCGGGAGACGUAUAAUCUCAUCUGGGGACACCUGAAGGACUUUGAGGAUGCGGUGAAUGCGAAGAAUAGGCUGGAGGGCCAGCCCGAGGUGCAGAUUGCGGCUCGAUGGCACGAGUACAUCAAGGCGCACUACGAGUUCAUCUCGGCUCGCUCUCACAAGUGGGUGAUUGACAGCCUCGAACGUCUUCGCCGCCCGGUCCUCGAGGAGCUCGCGGUCACUCCUUCUCCAGCAACGAAUGACUUCAGCUCGCGGCAAUGGACGCUGACGGACAGACUCCAUGACCUGAUGGAGAACGGGGCUCAGGCGGACUCGGCCAUCUUCUUGCCCAUGGACGGAUACGAGGGAGAAGGCCUUGCCGCCCAGGACGAUGCGCCGCCGCGGCCAGACGCCGCCGAGCCGUACCGCAAGUUGCCCAUUUCCUUCUCUGCAAACACGCUGGCUCGCACGGGCGAUUACUAUCUGAGGCUAAAGUAUCUGUCGCGCACAGAGUUCUGGCUCGGCCAGGAGCGCGGCGGCAUGGACGUCCCGCCUGGGUUGCCGACUGGCUUUGAGCUGCUGUCUGAUGUCGCGCAGACGGCGCAGUGCCAGGUGAGGGCUCAGGAGCUGACGAGGCGGGAGCUGAGGGGGGAGCCUGUGACGUUUGGACAGGAGCUCUGGGUGACGAAGGCGAAUGAGUAUCUUGGGACGGAGACCAACUUUGAGUGGGGGUACGUCGCCUACCGGUUGUCGCAUGAUCAUACGGAUGAGGAGUGGGAGGCGUUCAAGAGCAAGUUUGAAGAGGAUGUGCAGAACUGGGGGAGGGAGUUGACGGGGGUUGAGGUGAUUAGGGAGCGGUCCAAGGUUUACUGGAGAGAUGCGAGGGAUCUGGGUAUAUCAGACGGGGACUCAUUCAGAGAGUCUGCGGACUUCCCAUCCAGCGUCCACAAGGACAUUCUUCUAGCAGCUGACAAGGGCGUCAUUGACUCCUAUCUCCGGCCGACGCCGCAGCAAAACGGCUUCGUGAUGGCCAUUGACGCAGAUUACGACCCUAAUGAGAUUGACGGGGAGCGGGCGGACGAGUCGCCGGGAUACACAGGCGUCGUGCGGGUGCUGGGGAGCUUGUUGUGGGAUGACCUGGGCCCGCUGGUGUUUAUGCAGACGCAGCAUUUGUUUGAGCUGUGGCCGCUCGCGAUGAAGCAUCCUUUGGGGGUGUAUGAGGGGCCGCUGGGAAGGAUGUAG